AUGGACGCGACCCCAGAUCAGCGGCGCACCAACAUGGUAUUCCUCCUAACGCACCCUCGAACUGCCUCAAACCUUGUAACCCGAAUCCUAAACUUGGACAAUCAACCAGCCUUCAAGUCCGACAUGAACGGAUACUUUUUCCUGCCGUCCGUUUCUCGUCGGCUCGAACUGGCUGAUCGUAGCUCCGAAGAUUGGACUGAGCAAGAACGAGCAGACAUGAACCGCUGUCUCUCUAACUGUCUCCGAACCCUCGUCGAUUGCGUGGCAGCAGCAGAAGCCGAAGGGAAGAGUGUUUAUGUCAAAGAACACCUCAUGUGGAUGCUCUCACCUGAAGCAGAAAAUUUGGGAAAACGAGGAGUACCGGCCGCCGGGGGCGGACAGAUACAAAACCAGACGGUGCUACCUGAUUCAUUAUUGACGAAAUGUAUACCUACGUUCUUGAUUCGACACCCUGCGUUGGUGUUUCCGUCACUUUACCGAACCUGUGUCGACCUCGAAGGCCCUGAACAAGCCAGAAAAAAUGCGGAUGGGAGUUUCCGAAUGGAGAUGACCUGGAGAUGGAGCCGAAACAUGUGGGAGUGGUACAACAGGCAAGUUAAUGAUGGAACACACGCUCGAGGGGCUUCGGGGGAUGAUAGGAUAUCUGGCUCGCCGUGGCCGAUCAUCCUAGACGCGGACGAUGUCAUUCUUCACCCAAGCGUCAUGAAAAGAUAUUGUCAGAUUGUAGGUUUGGAUCCAGAUAGAUGUCAAUUCGAAUGGGAGUCUGCCACCGCCGAGGAGCAGCAAAGCUUGCAUGCCUUUGAAAGAAGGAUGAAGUCGAGCCUGUUGUCCUCCACUGGUCUGAUCAAGGAGGGGAAGACCGCGGUCGGAUUAGAUAUCGAGCGCGAAGCACAAAAAUGGAAGGACGAAUUCGGAGAAGAGGAAGCUGAAAAGCUUCGUUCGUGGGUCGAGGAUGCAAUGCCAGACUAUGAGUACCUGAGAGAAAGGCGGCUGAAACCGGGGAGUGGUUGA